UCUCUGUUUAGUUAGCUGAAUUCAAGCCCAGCGUCCCGGGUUUGUAUAACUGUCACCGGAGUUCGUGUUUAUGUGUCCUGCUCGUACUGUGUUGGGUUUAGAACUGAGAUACAGGCUGGUUCACCAUGGCAUCCGACUCCCCGCGCAGACCAAGUCGCUGUGCUGGAGGGGUUGUAGUACGAGCACAGGCUGCUACGGAGCAGUCUUACAUGGAAAGUGUUGUGACUUUUUUGCAAGAUGUGGUUCCUCAGGCGUACACUGGGGCUCCUCCAACGGAUGAAAAAGAAAAGAUCAUUUGGGUUCGGUUUGAAAAAGCAGACAUCAAUGAUGUGGCCCGCUCACCAGAGUUCCUGGAGAUGCAUGGCAGUGGUGCUGACCCGCCUCUGUGUCUGAUGAUUGGUUAUGCAGAUGGAAUGCAGAUUUGGAGCAUAUCACUGAGCGGAGAAGCCCAGGAGCUGUUCUCAGUGAGGCAUGGUCCUGUGCGAACUGCUCGGAUCCUCCCAGCACCUCAUAUCAGUCCCCUCAAGACUGACAGUUUUGCAGAGAAGAGGCCCCUCCUCGGUGUGUGCAAGAGCACAGGAUCCUCAGGGACGAGCCCCCCGUAUUGCUGUGUGGACCUGUAUUCUCUUAGGACAGGAGAGAUGGUCAAGUCCAUUCAGUUUAAAACACCAAUUUAUGACCUACACUGCAACAAAAGGAUUCUUGUCGUCAGUCUUCAAGAGAAGAUAGCUGCUUUUGACAGCUGCACUUUCAUGAAAAAAUUCUUUGUCACAAGCUGCUACCCAUGUCCUGGUCCUAACUUCAACCCAAUAGCUUUAGGAGGUCGAUGGUUGGCCUAUGCAGAGAACAAGCUGAUCCGGUGUCAUCAGUCUCAUGGCGGGGCCUGUGGAGAUAAUGCCCAGUCCUACACUGCCACUGUCAUAAGUGCUGCCAAAACUCUAAAAACAGGGCUAACUAUGGUGGGAAAAGUAGUGACCCACCUUGCAGGCACACUGCCCUCGGGAGCACCAGAUGAGGAGAGCACUGCUCACAGCACCACACGCCGCAGCCCUCACCAGCCCGGCGUGGUCACCAUCAUAGACACGCACACUGUUGGAGAAGGACAGGUGCUUGUAAGUGAAGACUCUGAUGGAGAAGGAGUGGUUGCUCAUUUUCCAGCUCAUGAUAAACCCAUAUCCUGCAUGGCAUUCAACCCAAGUGGUAUGUUGCUGGUGACUGCUGACACACUAGGACAUGAUUUUCACGUCUUUCAAAUCCUGACUCACCCAUGGGCAUCCUCUCAGAGUGCAGUUCAUCACCUGUACACUCUGCACAGGGGAGAGACUGAGGCAAAGGUACAGGACAUCUGCUUUAGUCAUGACUGCCGCUGGGUGGUGGUCAGCACCCUGCGCGGUACCUCACACGUUUUCCCCAUCAACCCGUACGGCGGUGCCCCGUGCGCCCGCACUCAUCUGUCUCCACGCGUGGUAAACCGCAUGAGCCGCUUUCAGAAGAGUGCCGGCCUGGAAGAAAUUGAGCAGGAGCUGAGUAGCAAGCAGGGUGGUCGCUGCAGCCCCAUUCCUGGCCUGUCCAGCAGCCCCUCUGGCUCUCCUCUACACGCUAAACUUACCAGUCAAGAAUCAUACAACAACUUCACCAACAACAACAUGGGGAAUCCACGGCUGUCUCCUCUGCCAAGCCUGACUGUCGUACUGCCACUGGCUCAGAUCAAGCAGCCUAUGACCCUGGGCACCAUCACUAAGCGCACAGGACCCUACCUCUUUGGGGCAGGAUGUUUUUCCAUUAAAACUCCAUGUAAAGCCAAGCCACCUCCCCAGAUCUCUCCGAGUAAGUCCAGUGGAGGGGAAUUUUGUGUGGCUGCAGUUUUUGCCUCUUCCCGUUCCUGGUUCAUCACCAACCCCAACAUGAAGAGAGAGAAAGAUCAGUCCCGUCAGGCUGUCGUGGAUUCUCUCUAUAUUGUGAGCUGCUAUGGUAACCUGGUGGAGCAUGUGCUGGAGCCUCGUCCAAUCAGCACAGCACAAAAGAUAGGGGAUGACACGCCUUUGGAGCUGAACACCUGUCCGAGGGCCUGCUGGAAUCUGGCCAGAACACCACAGUGGAAUGAGCUACAACCUCCUUUCAACAGCAACCACCCAUUGGUGCUGGCUUCAGACUUGGUGCAAUACUAUCAAUACCUCUUGGCUGGCUUGAUGCCUCCAGGAAGCCCUGGGCCCAUCACCAGGCACGAGUCCUACGACAGUCUUGCCUCUGACCACAGUGGCCAGGAGGACGAAGAAUGGCUCUCUCAGGUGGAGAUAGUGACCCAUACUGGUCCUCACAGACGGCUGUGGAUGGGCCCUCAGUUCCAGUUUAAGACCAUUCACCCCUCAGGCCAGACCACAGUCAUCUCCUCCAGCUCAUCUGUUCUGCAGUCACAGGGCCCCAGUGACACCCAGCAGCCCCUACUCGACUUUGACACUGAUGACCUGGACUUGCACAGCCUCAGGAUUCAACCAGUGCGCUCUGAGCCAGUGAGCAUGCCCGGCUCUUCUCGGCUGGUGACCGAACGCAGAGGCCAGGCUACUGUCAUUGAUACCGGCUCAGGCACGUUCGACCGCAGUGUGACCCUGCUGGAGGUGUGUGGCAGCUGGCCUGAGAGUUUCGGCCUGCGUCACAUGUCCUCUGUGGAUACCACAGAGGAGGGCCUGAGGGAGAGGCUGGCCGAAGCCAUGUCCGAGUCACCCAGCAGAGACAUUGUGGGCUCCGGAACAGCAGAGCUGCAGAGAGAGGGGAGCAUAGAGACUCUCAGCAACAGCUCCGGUUCCACCAGCGGCAGCAUUCCUCGCAACUUUGAAGGCUACCGGUCUCCUCUCCCCACCAACGAGAGCCAGCCACUCAGCCUGUACCCCACCGCCUUCCCCUAAACAUAGUCCUCACCUCCCAUCCCAUUACAGAGGCUUUCCUUGCUCCUCCAGCCAUGCCUGGACUGGUUGGUGUGGUGUGCAGUGUUGACUCUUUCCUUCAACCAAACCAGCCCUCUAGUGAUGAAGAGUGAAAAAUCCUCCCAAACUCAGCUUGGAGAGAAGACGAGACCUGCACGCAGGUGUUCACUGAACGACUGACUUGAUUCUGACUUGUAUUACAAACAUGGUUAGUGUGAUGCAGUUUGUGUGCGACAGAGAGAGAGAAUGUGAGAGACAGUGACAUGUUGAUAUAUCAGAUAUAAAGGCUGUCAUUUUGCCCCUUCUCUUAAACAUAUGACAUGACUUCAUUCAGAAAUCUUCUUCGUGUGUACACAUGAACAUUCAUGUGCCAAUACAUACAUGGGUUUUUGGUUUAUAUUCAUACAGUAACUUUGUGUACGUGUUGUUAUUCAACACGUUAUACGUGUCUUGAUUACGUCUCAAGUGAUAUGUUUAAGUUGUGAGGUCAUGAGACAUUACAUUUUACCCAGUUCUUUGAUUGCAGUCAUAGUUUCAAAGCUUCUCGAUCCCAUUUAAAUGAACUGCCUUUACAUCAUGCUUAUUUACAAUAUUUGUGUUAAAGGCCGAAGUCACACAGAUAAGUAAAGACAGAUAGUACACAAAUAAAAGCACAUUUAUUUCUGAUCUGAAUAUUUUACAUGUGUUUUAGAAGACAUUGCCUUUGACAAAUACGUUGAAUUAUAAUGUUUCCAGUCUAAAACUCUUACAUACCGUUUUACUUCACACUAAAUUAUUUACCACAUAUUUGAUUCUGAUUUGAACCUGUUACUCCAUUUUUUUUUUCAUUUUGGCUUUAAAAAUAUGUAUAGUUUCUAGUUUGCAUGGAGUAUGUCCUACAUUACCUUUUAAAUUUUCAGCAGAUUUUAAAUUUGUUUCCUCGAGAAGGAACAUAGAUUUAGCAUUAUUUUCUCUUCAUCUUUCAGUAUAUGCUUUUGUAGAUGAUGAGUGAAUGUCAUUUAGCCAAUCUUCUGCUAAAACCUCUUUAUCCAGGCAACUGUUGAUGCAUGUGAGAUGUCUGCCCACUGCCUGUAAGGUUAUAUAUUUAGAGAGAAAUAAUAAUUGUGUAGCAAAUCUCUCUCAUUCACAUGCUGUUAUAUAUUAGUCUUGCUCUUUAAGACUUUCUCUUCAACUCAACUGGACAAAUGUAAAGGAACUGCGUUGAUAUCGAUGUAACGGCUAUCAGCUCAACUUGUAGAUUAAAGACAUGAAGGCUAUUAUGGUUGCAUUGGCCAGCAUAGUGCAUGUAGCAGAUGUGAAGUGCAUGUGAUGAGGAUGGAUUUUCGGCCUGCUCUCUAAAUGAUUUACAAAGGGCAAAAUGGGCAUGACUGUAUCUCUGUGAAUUCGUUGCACAUGCUUUUUAUGGACUGUAAUACGCUUUUGUAAAACUCUGAGUUAAUCUUUUUGUUGAUUAUAAAUCUGUGCAAUUGAGAUCUGCUGGGUGUCCACUGGUUUGUAUCUGUUUUCUUGAAAAGAUGAGCAUUAUAUCUGUUUACAGGUAUCGACAAAUCAUCAAAAUAUAUUGAACCCCAAAGGCUGUAAA